AUCCAUACGUAUCACAAACCUGAUGUUAACUAAACACUGUUUUGAGAGAAAGAGGAGAGAAACAUUCACAGAAUCUCUGUGUGACACACGUGUACAUGUGUGACCAAUAGAACCCUGCUCUUUGUGAUGUGACAUCACCAUGGCAGGCCAUGAAUGGGAGGCAGAUUAGUUAGUGUGUGCAAGGAAGAGAGGGGAUCAUGAGACUGCUGAAGGGAGUUCUCCUGUGCUAUCUGGACUUUAACAGCGUGUACUGCUUGCUAUCGCUCAGGAACACCAAGAUCCUGGUGGAGUACUUUAACAUACUAGAUGUUCACAACACCAAUACUCUCAAUGAUGUCCAGUUCGCCCACUUCAUGCGGGAGGUCACAACCUUUGGGGAGAAGGAGAUCAUGAUGACCUUUGACAUGUUGGACAGGAAUGGCAGUGGAGCGAUUGGCUUCCAGCAAUUCUACAUGCUGGUGUGCAUCUUACUGAGUAGCCAGCACCAUGUGGAGAAGAAUUUCAUCUUCCGUCACUCCCGGCCGGUGUUUGAGCUGCUGGACAUGGAUGGGGGGCGGACCAUCAGCCCAGCCGAGUUCCAGAGCUCCGCCUUCCUCUUCAACCUCAAUGGCCGCGCCCUCACCAAGAUCUUCUACGACUUUGAUGUGUCAGGAGAUGAGCUCCUGAACUACAAGGAGUUCAAGAUGUUCACCAUGGCCUGUAUCUACAUGCAGGAGGAGGAGAAGAUGAAGGAGCGAGCAUCGAAGCGCAAGAGCACCGCCGUGUGACACUCCAGAGGGAGGAGUUCCAGAAGGGAGAUGUUCCGACUAAUAAAGAGUUCUGCAGCUGCUGCGCUCAUAC